AUGCCCAAUGAGAAAAAGUGGAGGUUAAAGACGGGCAAGGUCGUUGAGGACGAGAUCUUUCGACAUGGCCUUCAGUGCCAAUGCGAACACUUUAUCAUUGAUCCCUCCGACCCGCUGUGGGAAAGCCGGUUCACGAAGGACGAAAUUGAUGAAAUUAGCAGCCACAAGGCACACACGCUUCCACCUUGUCCGGAGCAGCUGCUCAAUUACUUGAAUAAAUUUUCGGAUCUAGAAACAUUGGACGCUUUGCGACGACAAAUACGGAAACGUCAUUACGAGUUCGAUGAAGAUUUCGAUCUUGAAUGGGCGCAAUUCUCCAUUAUUUCAGCGUUGCGGCUCUUUCAAGGAAACUAUUUUCCUCUCACAGACCAAACAGAAGCUGACAUGAUGCGACGCAUUUGGUCGUUCAUCGACACAGCAUUCGACAAUGUCAAGGUCGACAUAAGAUGUGGCGAAAAAGAAAGUGUGGCAAGCAGUCAUCGCCGAAACAGAGGCCGAUCGGCAAGCCAUCGCAAAAAGCACGGCCACAAGACGGAUUUGUUAUUUAAAUGCACUGAGGGUGAGCUUGGGUGCACGGAGGUUGGAAGAAAAGAUGAUGGAGACAAUGGCACCAAAGAGCUGCACGAAUUGGGAUUAAAAUGUCCCAAAAUGAUGAAAGACCAAUAUCUUGCUAUUGCCCGGUUUGUGAUAAUGGGUCUGAAACUUCGCGCUCUGGUCAAGGAUCGCCCAUCGGCGUUCGUGUGCCGAGUCAAAAAGACUCCAGCCUUGUUUUUCCCGGACAGUGUCGACUUAGUGGGCUCUAAACUGGAAGCGUUGUUGGCCUUAGUGGCGCAGGUAAAGAACUGA